AUGGGAUUCAAAUAUGCGCAUCUUUGUGAUCUACUUGACAACCUAGAUAAUGGCCGAGCAUCUAGUGGGUCAACUGCAGCCCUCAAGGCCAAACCAGACAUCCAAGCAGUUGCCCAGUGGUUCACCAGACAUGAGCGGGCGGUUCACGACCCAAAAACUGACAGAGUAGCAUUGCUCUCGUGUAUGUUUCCUGAAAAGCGAACCGACCGAGUAUAUUGGUUGGGAGCAAACCUCCUAUCCAGGGUUAUCGGGCGAUGUCUGGGACUUGGAACCUCGCGACUUGAGGAGCUCAACCGAUGGCAGUCCGCAGGCAAUGCCGACCUCGGAAAAUGCGUCGAGAUCGUGAUGUCUCAAGCGGAGAACUAUGUAUCACCCGGGCAGGAACUGCUGGUGGAAGAGAUUGAUCGUGCCAUGGAGGCGAUUGCAUCGCGAUGUCGCUUCUCUAACCCUCAGGUUCGUCGAAAUCGAUCAGCAGUCGAUUGUGAUUCAAUCUUGUCCUCAUUGUAUCGUCGAUCCAGCAGCCGCGAUGCCAAGUGGCUCACCCGCAUGAUCCUGAAAAGCUAUGCGCCUAUCGUUUUCCCCGAAAAGUAUACUCUCAAGAAGUUUCACUUUCUCCUACCGCAUCUGUUCCUACUGCAGAACUCUUUCGACGGGGCGCUGGAAAUGCUCGCGUCGGAACCAAUCAAUCAUUUCCCACCCAAUCCUGAUCCACAGUCAGCCAAAAGCCUUAGCUCCAUUGCAAUGCAACAUUUGAGGCCUCGGGUUGGUAUUAAAGUUGGACGUCCUGGCUAUUACAAAGCCCGAAGUAUCAAGCAUUGCCACCAGAUGGUCAAUGGUCGACGCAUGAGCAUCGAGAGGAAAUACGAUGGUGAAUAUUGUCAGAUACACGUCGACAUGUCAAACAAAUUCGCCCCGAUCCAAAUCUUUUCAAAAAGCGGAAAGGACUCAACUGCAGAUAGAGACAAGGUUCUACCUGUGAUAGAGGAAGCGCUGGGGCUGGGGAGUUCGGACUGUAAAAUUAGCGGACGCUGCAUCCUCGAAGGGGAGCUUCUUGUAUGGAACGAUGAGGAUGCUGAGAUCAUGGACUUUAAUAAACUCCGAAGGCUGCUAUCCAGAUCUGGCGUUUUGCUGGGUGUUGAAAACGAUUCUCCGCCACAACCUUUUGAGCACUUGAUGAUCAUGUUUUUCGAUAUCCUCAUCCUUGAUGAAGACAUUUGUCUAUCUAAGCCUCACCGAGAAAGACGAUUACUUCUCCAGAAAGUGGUGCGGAGAAUCCCAGGCAGGUCUGAUCUUGCGCACCAAGAAGUGCUGGAUUUCAGCCGAGACGACAGCUAUCAUCGCCUUGGAAGGAGCUUUGAGAAGGCGAUCACCCACCGUUGGGAGGGAUAUGUUCUCAAGGCUUCUGAUGAACCCUACUUCCCAAUCUAUUCGACCGGCGUUGAUCAAAUGUUUGGCCGAUGGAUCAAGCUGAAGAAGGAUUAUAUUCCUGGACUUGGAGACACUGUUGACCUGGCUAUCAUUGGAGCGAACUACAACUCUCGAGAUGUGCAAAGUCUAUCGCAAAUCAGAAAAUUAAAGUGGACUCAUUUCUUUGUUGGUUGCCUACUGAACAAAGAAGAGUUGCAAGAUGGUUCACUUCCACAUUUUAGAGUGGUUGAUGUGAUCGGUCGGCACAGCAUGAGCUUGCAGAACAUGCAACUUCUGAAUCAAUUUGGGGAGUUUUACGAAUGCUCAUCCGACAGUUUUGAGGGCUUUGCCGUGGAAUAUGGACACAAUGGUCUCUCCAAAGCUACCACCUGGUUUAAGCAGCCCUUUGUGGUUGAGAUGCUAGGCAGUGGAUUUGAAAAGCCGCCCGGUGGUAGAUACUUCUCGCUCCGAUUUCCUCGGAUUCUCAAGGUUCAUUUGGAUAGGACGAUGGAAGACACCGCUUCCUUUCGGGGGCUUCAAAUACUCGCCGAAGACGCCCGAGCUUUGCCUCUAGACGAGGUAGAAGAGCUAAAGCACCGAGUUGAAUGGUCCAAACGCCUCGGACUUGGGAGCGAACUCACCCAGUCCACUGAAACCGCCUCAGACCCAGAGGCUACAUGUUCGGACACUGAUUCUGAGCCACCCUCGCCGGUGUCUCAAAUACCUUUCGCGCCAACUGCUUCAGAGGAUAGUUAUAUGGAAGCAUGUCCAUUGAUGGAUUGUUUUCUUGAUGAAAAACCGACCAAAAACCCCCUUAGCCAGCCACUGGACAGUCACCCAAGGGCCCCUUCAAUAUACACUGAUGUGGAUGCGCUGCCCAUUGAGCCUGAGAAGUCAGUAUGCGAAAGCAGCGUGCUGGUUAAUAACAUUAAUUUGGCGUUUAAUCAAAAUCCCACUCAGAGUGAUGAGCAGAGGCCUUCUCUUCAUUCGGAUAAACCAGCACCAACCAACUUGCUCCAGGACCCAGCAAAAGCGAAAUCGACAGUCGCUGGUCCACCAAGCCCAACAGGCUCGACCAGACUUUCUCCUGUGCGCAAGAUCCUUUCCAAAGAUUCGCAACAGCGGCAACCAGGAAGUUCAAGGAUCGAGUCAUCUCUUCCCUCGUUGAAGAGGAAAGGAUCCCCUCAAUCGCCCUUGACAACCAUUCCUCUGUGGACACCCGAAACAUCAUUUGGAAGCUUUACGCUCCCAGAAACAGACCAAACCCACUACCAAGAUAUAAACUCGAACAGCCUGCAGGAAUUUGUCCAGAGACUGAGCUCAAAUGCAACAGCAUUCGCACUCCAGCAAUCGAACCCGCAUGCUGCAUUACAGGGAACAAAAUAUGGGAUAGUUCUAUUUGAUCCUAAGAUGACUGCAUUAGGCGAAGAAAUGCGAAGAGUCGUGACAGUCCUUUCUACACUUGCCCAUAUUGGAAAAGACUCGGUGGCUCUUGUCGGGAAGAUCUUCUUCUUGGGAUCCGGUAUGCUAACCCUAGAUAUCCGACCCGACGACUGUCGCUUCUGUCUGCGUGAAACGUGGGAGAAAAUUGGAUCUGACCAUUACUAUGGGUGUGUUAGAUGGGAUCUUCGUGGAGGACCAGGUGCCUAUACUGCCGAUAAGGUGAAAUAUACAUCGAUCUCAAAACCAACCUCGGCCGCCGAUCAAUGCUCGCAGGCGCUCACAAAGCCUUGGGUCAACAUCUCAUUUAAUGACUCCGAGAUUGCUGUGUUAGGUGAAUACACGUCAAUCGAACCACCUACCCAUGUCGAAGAUCUCUGA